AUGCAAGAUUAUGGUUCAGUUAAUUUAAGAGAGUGUAUCGAAAUGUGUGUAGAUUAAUGAACGAUUUAUAGCUUCUGAAGUCUUCUACCACAUUAUCUAGAAGGGCAUAUGUUCCUGCUUCGGGCUACCCCGAAAGUUGCAUGUCAUCCUCAUUUUUUCUUGGUAUGAAUUGUCCCAGCUUCGGCAUCGGAUUUUGACUGCUGAUUUGCUGCACAAAAAUGGUUUCUGGCCAAAGAUAUCGGCAAAAGGGAAAGCUUAAAGCCUAGGGCUUAACUUCUGGCUUACUGGAUGGAUCCUGAUUGGUCUAGUGAUGCCGAUAGGAUCGCAGAUUUUCUUAUCAUUUUCAACUCAAAAUAUCAUCUUCCCCAUGAGGUAAAUUCUAAUCCUGAAAGCGGAUUAGGAUAGGCUCAGCACGCUGCCGAAAUUGCUUGCCUCCCAUUAUUAUCCAUUUUUGGAUUGGCAUAACCUUGUCAAUAAUUAAAUAUGCGCUCGAGGCUGUGCCGAGACACUAUAUUUAAUUAUGCAUCAAAAUGUGUGUAGAUACUUGAUUUGAAGACAACAGAGAAGAGGCAGAAAAAGGUCACACUGAAGCUAUGCUUAUUUACUCUCAAUUGCUCUUUCAUGGGAGUAGAAGUCGAGAGCCAGAUAUCCGCCAAGCAAUAUUUUGGCUAAGAAAGGCUUGCAAAAGCAGUCCAGAGGCCGCUUUUAGGUUAGGAAAGUUAUAUCAAAAAGGCAAAUACAUAGAACAAGACCUGGAGAAGGCUUAUUUUUAUUAUAAGCUGACGACUGUGUUCAGAUGCAAAUGCGGAAAUCUUAUCUAAUUAGUUAGUAUUUAGGUCUUCAACUGCCUAGAGCUGAAAAGCUCUUUUGGAUCCAACUAGUGACGUUACUAGGUUCGUCAACAAAAAGCCUGUGCACUAAUGUGAGAAGGAGAGAAAAUUAGCAAAAGCUAAUUUCUCCCAAACAGAAUGCAUUUUAUUUAUAUAAAUGCGGAAAUCAAAAAGAAGCAUAUCAUACAAAUCAAAUAAGUAACGUCCACCCAUGCUACCCGAAUGAAGCUACAGACGCAAUCAAUAGUCUCCCGCUCACGAAUUCAGCUAAAAAGAAAUGUGAAGCUAAUUUUAAUGCUUGGAGAUCGUCGAGUUUAAAAUAG